GCGGUGCUGAAGCUGAACAAGAUGGCUGUGUGUUGGGGAGUGGAGAGCUGAGAGAGAGAAGUGGCGGAAAGAGUCUCAAAUUUAGACAGACACGCCAUUAAAAUAACAUAGGAUAGGAUAGGACGCUGGCGUUUACUCUCGAAGUUUGAAGAUUUUUAUUUUUGUCAGGCUAACGAGCCCCUGCCAGGACCCGCCUCUACCAGCGACGGCAGGCUCCUUCAUCUCCAGCCCAACGAUUCAUUCCCAGGCUGUAUAUUGCACAAAUUAGCUCAAUUACGGACGCUGGUGAAGAAGCUAGACCCUGUACUAAAGGCGCAUAUAAGAAAUGUCAUUGCUGUGUGUUGGAGUGAAGAAAGCCAAGCUCGAUGGACCCCAAGAGAAAUUUAACACAUACGUGACCCUGAAGGUGCAGAAUGUUAAGAGCACAACCAUCGCUGUGCGCGGCAGUCAGCCAUGCUGGGAGCAGGACUUCAUGUUUGAAAUAAACCGCCUGGAUCUAGGCCUAACAGUGGAGGUGUGGAAUAAAGGGCUGAUCUGGGACACCAUGGUGGGCACCUUAUGGAUCCCCCUGAGCAACAUACGGCAGUCCAAUGAGGAGGGUCCAGGCCAGUGGCUGACCCUGGACUCCAAUGCGAUCAUGGCCGAGAAUGAGAUUUGUGGAACCAAAGACCCAACCUUUCACAGGCUGCUGCUUGACACCCGCUUUGAACUGCCACUAGACAUUCCUGAGGAAGAGGCCAGAUACUGGGCCAAGAAACUUGAACAACUAAAUGCCAUGAGAGAUCAAGACUAUGCCUAUCAAGAAGAACAGGAGCGACCACUGCAUGCACCAACCACACAGUGCUGUAAUUGGAGUCUGUGGGGGGAUCAGCAAAACGAGGACCCAGACAGCGCCGUGGACGACAGGGACAGCGACUACCGCAGUGAGACCAGUAACAGCAUCCCGCCUCCCUACUACACCACCUCCCAGCCCAACGCUUCCAUGCACCAGUAUCCCAUGAGGAAUGAGAACUACAGACACUCUUACAACGACGACAUCCAUGAGCUGGACUACGACCACAGAGUCAUGAGACGCUAUGAUAGUUUAGACUCGGCCACCAACGGGCGCAGCGAUAUCGACUCAGGCUCAGGGUCGAGCCGCCGCACCAGUCGUCAGUAUUCUCUAGACAGUAGGCAUUCACUGUCCGAUAGUCCCACAGACAGUCGUUACGCCUCGUCAGGCGAGUUGAGUCGAGGCAGCUCUCAGCUCAGUGAGGAGUUUGUUGCUGAGGACGGUGAGAGCUUGCGAGGUUCGGAGUUCUACGAUGAAAACGACUCCUACCACUCCUGCCACUCCUCCGUCAGCUACGGCAAAGAGGACUCCCCAGGCUGGGAUGGCGAGGACCCCCAAGGCGUCUACAGCGACGAGGGAGGCUACCUCAAAGACGGAGGGGAAGAGGGGGCGCUGUAUGCCGGAGAGGAGGUUGACGUGUACGGGGAGGAAGGGGAGUACAUCUACGAAGAUGAGGAGGAGAUGCCUUUCGAGGAAGAUGAAGAUACGUAUCCACUUGACGGCACACUCGGUGAAGACCAGGAGCCGCCCUACACCCCCACACCCACAAGCACUGCCCCGCCCCUGAUGCCCCCCUCUGAUGGUCUGUCCUCCACCAGACCACCGCUGGAGAAGCAGGCGUCGUUGCAUCAGCAGCGGCCAGCUCCUGAUCAGCUCCCGUCCGACAGCACAGCUCCUAGUCUACCUCCAGUCACGCACAAUGACACGUUGCCCCCUUUCAGUGCAGAAUCCACCAAGCCUCCGUUCGCACCCACCCAGCCAGCCCUGUCAACCACCACCACAUCCACCCCCACGACCACAUCGCAGGUUCCAGCUCCAGAUACCGGGCCCCUGGAGCCUGAACCCAAGUUUGAGGUGCCGUUGGAGGAACCUCAAACUCCCGAGCAGCCUCCAGUGGCAAAGAGUGUCCCUCCAGCGCCUGAAGAGAGAACAGAAGAGCCACCUGUUCCAAGUUUCCCAAAGAGGGAAAUCAUGGAACCUGGUCCUGCCAGAGCCAAAGCCAACUGGCUUCGACUUUUCAGCAGAGUACGACUACAGCUGCAAGAGGCCCGUGGAGAAAGUGUUGGCAUCGCCUCUCUGCUUUUAUCAGCAGGCAUGGGUGGCGCUCUGUAUAGCAUUGACAGCAUGCCAGACCUCAGGAAGAGGAAAGCUAUGCCUCUCGUCCGAGAUCUGGCUAUGUCCUUGGUUCAGAACUCCAGGAAGGCGGGCAUCACCUCGGCCCUGACGUCGAGCACCCUGCAUAACGAAGAACUGAAGAGUCAUGUCUACAAGAAGACCCUCCAGGCCCUCAUAUAUCCCAUCUCCUGCACAACCCCACACAAUUUUGAGGUGUGGACAGCCACCACGCCUACUUACUGCUACGAGUGUGAGGGGCUGCUGUGGGGUAUCGCUCGCCAGGGCAUGCGCUGCACCGAGUGUGGAGUCAAAUGCCACGAGAAGUGCCAAGAUCUACUCAAUGCUGAUUGUCUGCAAAGAGCGGCAGAGAAGAGCUCCAAACACGGCGCGGAGGACCGAACCCAGAACAUCAUCAUGGUUCUUAAAGACCGCAUGAAGAUCCGCGAGAGGAACAAACCUGAGAUCUUCGAACUCAUUCAGGAGGUGUUCACAGCCCCCAAGUCCACCCACGUCACCCACAUGAAGCAGAUCAAACAGAGUGUGCUCGAUGGCACCUCUAAAUGGUCGGCCAAGAUCAGCAUCACAGUGUUGUGUGCCCAGGGUCUACAAGCCAAGGAUAAAACGGGCUCCAGUGAUCCUUACGUCACUGUCCAGGUGGGAAAGACCAAAAAGAGGACCAAGACCAUCUACGGCAACCUCAACCCUGUCUGGGAGGAGACAUUUAAUUUUGAAUGUCACAACUCCUCAGACCGCAUUAAGGUGCGGGUGUGGGAUGAGGAUGACGACAUUAAGUCUCGCGUAAAGCAGAAGUUCAAGCGGGAGUCGGACGACUUUCUCGGUCAAACCAUCAUCGAGGUCCGGACUCUGAGCGGAGAGAUGGACGUCUGGUACAAUCUGGACAAGCGUACAGACAAAUCCGCUGUGUCUGGAGCUAUCCGCAUGCACAUUAAUGUAGAGAUCAAAGGAGAGGAGACGGUCGCCCCCUAUCACGUUCAGUACACCUGUUUGCAUGAAAACCUCUUCCACUAUGUGACAGAUAUCCAGAACAACGGUGUGGUGAAGAUCCCCGAUGCCAAAGGGGAUGAUGCAUGGAAGGUCUACUUUGAGGAGACUCCCCAGGAGAUUGUUGAUGAGUUUGCCAUGCGUUAUGGAGUGGAGUCCAUAUACCAGGCCAUGACUCACUUUGCCUGCCUGUCAUCUAAGUACAUGUGCCCAGGUGUGCCUGCAGUGAUGAGUACCCUGCUGGCUAACAUCAAUGCCUACUACGCUCACACCACCCAGGCAACGAACAAUGUCUCUGCCUCUGACCGCUUUGCUGCUUCUAACUUUGGGAAAGAGCGAUUUGUCAAGCUUCUAGACCAGCUCCACAACUCUCUGAGGAUUGACCUGUCUAUGUACCGCAACAACUUCCCUGCCAGCAGUCCUGAGAGGCUGCAGGACCUCAAGUCCACAGUGGACCUCCUCACCAGUAUCACCUUCUUCAGAAUGAAGGUCCAAGAGCUUCAGUCUCCACCCAGAGCCAGUCAGGUAGUGAAGGAUUGUGUCAAAGCCUGUCUCAACUCCACCUACGAGUACAUCUUCAAUAACUGUCAUGAACUGUACAGCCGCGAGUAUCAGACAGACCCGGCCAAACAGGGGGCUGUGCCUCCAGAGGAGCAGGGACCCAGCAUCAAGAAUCUGGAUUUCUGGUCAAAACUCAUUACACUUAUCGUCUCCAUUAUCGAGGAGGACAAGAACUCCUACACCCCCUGCCUAAACCAAUUUCCCCAGGAGCUCAACGUGGGUAAAAUUAGUGCGGAAGUGAUGUGGAACCUGUUUGCUCAGGAUAUGAAAUAUGCAAUGGAGGAACAUGAAAAAAAUCGCUUGUGCAAGAGUGCAGAUUACAUGAACCUGCACUUCAAAGUCAAGUGGCUGUACAACGAAUACUGCAAAGACCUGCCCUUCUUCAAGAGCAGAGUGCCUGAAUAUCCUGCGUGGUUUGAGCCAUUUGUUAUUCAGUGGCUGGACGAAAAUGAGGAAGUGUCUCGGGACUUUUUGCACGGUGCUUUGGAGAGAGACAAAAAAGAUGGGUUCCAGGUCACAUCAGAACAUGCUCUGUUCUCGUGUUCGGUGGUGGACGUGUUUUCCCAGCUCAACCAGAGCUUUGAGAUCAUCAGAAAGCUUGAGUGUCCAGAUCCGCAGAUCGUAGGACACUACAUGAAGCGAUUUGCGAAGACCAUCAGCAACGUGCUUCUGUCCUAUGCUGAUAUCAUCUCAAAGCUCUUUGCCAACUAUGUCACCAUGGAGAAAGUGCCCUGCAUCCUGAUCAACAACAUCCAACAGCUACGAGUUCAGCUGGAGAAGAUGUUUGAAGCCAUGGGGGGGAAAGAUUUGUGUGUGGAGGCCAGCGAUAUCCUGAAAGACCUGCAGGUGAAGCUAAACAAUGUCAUGGAUGAUCUCAGCAGGGUCUUUUCUGUCAGUUUCCAGCCUCACAUAGAGGAGAAUGUGAAGCAGAUGGGAGACAUCUUGGCUCAGGUGAAGGGAACCUCAAAUGUGGGAAAUGCCAGCAGCGUGGCCCAGGAUGCUGACAACGUCCUACAGCCCAUCAUGGAGUUCCUUGACAGCAACCUGACUUUGUUUGCUAAGAUCUGUGAGAAGACUGUGCUGAAACGUGUGCUGAAGGAGCUGUGGAAGCUGGUGAUGAACACCAUGGAGAAGACCAUCGUUCUGCCACCACUCACAGACCAAACGAUGAUUGGGAGGCUGAAGAAUGCUUCUCACAGUGAUGGCACUCAGCUCAUCUUUAACGCUGCCAAGGAGCUGGGACAGCUGUCCAAGCUGAAGGAGCACAUGGUUCGUGAGGAGGCCAAAGCGCUUUCACCUAAGCAGUGCGCUGUGAUAGAGCUGGCUCUGGACACCAUCAAGCAAUAUUUCCAUGCUGGCGGUGUGGGUCUGAAGAAGACUUUCCUGGAGAAGAGUCCUGACCUCCUGUCUCUCCACUACGCCCUGUCGCUCUACACGCAGGCAACAGACAAACUCAUUAAGACCUUUGUCCAGUCACAGAACGCACAAGUGUUCGGCGGGAAGGGGGUGAGGUUCACCACUAGUGAGGAUGUUUACCCAGACAAGGGCUCUGGGGUGGACGAUGCCGUGGGGGAGGUGUCCAUCCACGUGGAGAUUUUCACUCACCCCAACACCGGAGAGCACAAAGUCACAGUAAAAGUGGUGGCUGCCAAUGACCUGAGGUGGCAGACACAGGGAAUAUUCCGGCCAUUUGUGGAGGUCUAUAUCAUCGGCCCUCACCUCAGCGACAAGAAGAGGAAGUAUGCCACCAAGUCGAAGAACAACAGUUGGGCUCCCAAAUACAAUGAAACCUUCACAUUCACCCUGAGUAGCGAGGUGGGUCCUGAGUGCUACGAGCUGCAGGUGUGCGUGAAGGACUACUGCUUUGCGCGAGAGGACCGCACCGUGGGCAUGGCCGUCCUGCAGCUGAAGGACAUGGCCUCCAAAGGCAGCGUCGCCUGCUGGCUGCCGCUGGGUAAACGCAUCCACAUGGACGAGACGGGCCUCACCGUCCUGCGUAUCCUCUCCCAACGCAACAACGACGACGUGGCCAAGGAGUUUGUCAAGCUCAAGUCGGACCAGCGCUCUGCAGAGGAGGGCCGCAGCUAAGAGACACGACAGAAUUUGAAACGACCCGUCUAAAGCUCAAUCAGACAUUGCCACCUACUGCCCUGGACCUCUCCUGAGCCACUGCUAGCCAUUGCCCUGCUGAUCCAGUGUUGUAAAAGCACACAUAAGACAACACCACACAUCCAUCCAGUGCUGUAAAUACAUUCAUUUCAGUGGAAAGAACAUAGUGCUAAACAAAUCAUCAAUCAUUUUUUUUUAAAAAGCACGAGUGUCUUUAGUGUUGCAGGUAUUAUCAGCCAUCCUUUUGAUGAACACAUUCAAUCAUAGAGCAUAAAUCUACUUUCCUCUGUCCGUAGAGGUGAGUCAUGUCAUUCCGUACACACACACACAUCGUGUUAAUGGUUAAGGUGAGAAAUAUCUUGUAGCCUUUAAUAUUUUGGCUUCCUCUGGCCCCUUCCCUGGCCUGCACCGCCUCAGAGAAGGGACCGCAAGUGCCAACAGAUAAUCGCUGAAAUAUGCCAAGACCAGCGCUAAGCACAACAGGACCAACUUUCCAACUGACCCCAUGACAACAACAACACCGGCUGCAAGGCUUCAAACAUUCCAGAUAUCGGGUGGGGAUAAAGCACUAUUUAAUUAAGAUGCUUUUAAUAUUUAUUUACUGCCCUUUUUCAAUUUAUAUUUAAAUAAUUAUAUAUAUCAAAAUAUAUGACAUAUGUAAAGUUAUAUACAGGAUUAUUUGAUGGAUGCGUGGUCCUUAAAAGAUUGUCCGCGUUUGUCUUUAUGUCCGUCUACCCUGUAACAGCACACUGCCUGACACCCUCAAUGCCUUCUGUCGUGUUGACCCUUGUACGGUAUGUCUGCCUCCUAUAUAGUGAUAGUGUGUAGAGAGCUGAAUCUGAUGAAAACACGCCUUCAAGCACUGUGUGAUCCAUCAGAGUACGUGAGUGAGUGAGUGAGUGAGUGAGUGUGUGUGUGUGUGUGUGUGUGUGUGUGUGUGUGUGUGUGUGUGUGUGUGUGUGUGUGUGUGUGUGUGUGUGUGCGUGUGCGUGUGUGUGAGAGAGGGAAUGUGCAAGAGUGAAUGUAUUAUGUAUAUAUGUAUGCGUUUUGAGCACGUGUGGAGCUCAUAACGUGCGAACAUGUUUAUAAGAUGUUCUAAUGUUGACCUCAUGUAGCCGCCCAUGUUGCCUGUUACCUGCAAAUGUAAUCACAGAAAGCCAUCACAAGUAAAGAACAUCACACAGAGGGGGGGUUGUUCAUAUUCAGAUUAGAUUUUGGAGGAUUUUCAAGUGUCUUUUAUUCUUGGGAGGAUGCAAUUUAUAUCUUAUGAUGGGUAUUUCCAUCAUUUUUGUGUUACUGUAAACAUUCCCAACAGACCUGUACUGGGUGUGUGAGAGGUGCAGGAGGAGGAACAACCUGACUGCCACUUCCUUUUCUUAAAAUCAAAACCUGCAUUUAAGGAGCUCAUAAUAAUCUAAGAACCUGAGCAACGUGCACUGAGGUAGUUACCAAACCACACAUGCUGCACCCCAGGGAGAGCAUGAAUCAGUAAUGAUCUACCACCCAUGAUCCCCCAUUGAUCCAGCUGCAGGUGCUGUUGGCCCUGAUCUCUGAUGCCCAGAAGUCAGACCUCUGCUAAAGGGCUGCAGAUCCAGACCAUACCAGGUCUGGCACUGACAUUUAAAAGAGUCCUACAGCUUAUUAGAGAUGUAGUGUGAAGAUUUAGAAGCACAGGGUUUUGAUGCACCCAUUUUAUACUCUGAUAUUAUUUUUUUAUUUUUUUGUCAGUAAUUGUUGGAAUGACAGGAAUUACACACCAAGGCUUCAAAUCACCCUACAGUUAAAUUAAUUUCUUUAAUCUAGAGUCAAUAUCAUGUCAAACUAAAUGUUUUGAUUUGACUGUCCAGCAUGUCUCUUAAUUCAACUUCUAUUUUAAUGAAUGCCCUUUUUUUAUAAGAUUGAUUGGUUUAUUUAUCUCUAACAGGUGUGUGUGUGUGUGUGUGUGUGUGUUUGUUGCAAAAUAAAAAGCAUCCAAGCGAGGAAUGGCCAAGUUAAAUAAUGACAGGGUGUUUUGUUUGUUUUUUUAUAUUUUUGACCCAAAGCAUUUGAUCGUUAAUGGAUAACAUAACAGACCCCCUCUUUUAAACAAGGUGUAAGAACUGAACUCUAUGCAUCUAAUCUAUAAAAGUCUAUGUAGAUCAAUAGUCAUUUUCGAAGCAGUCGCAUAAUGUUUACAUUGUGGAUUAUUCUUACUAUAUCAGAACAAGUGUUUGUCUGAUAUGUUGUACAUGCUGUCUCUAUUGUAAUGGGCCAGAUAUCACAGCUGUAGUAGAGCUGAUUAGAGACUGAAUUGUUUGUGCAGCUUUUCAGUGCUGAGGAAAAUUAAUCAGAGCGAUCAAUUGCUGUUGUUGGGCGUUGUAAAUAGCUCGGAUGUAACAAACACAUGUCAAACUAUGUGAAGUGAAGUUUGCUGCUCUUUUGUAGACUUGAAUUUUUGCUCUGGGUGACUGGGCAGUUGGGGAUUAAGUGUGUGUGGGUGCCCCAUCUAGAUAUGUAGCUAUUAUUGAAAGAUACAAGAAGGCCGUGUACACACUGGAGAUAAAUAACAAGCAAUUUGUACAAAUCUGAUCAUUUAUUAGUCUCAAUCUAAGAGGCAAAAAAAAAUACAUUGCUAGCUUCUGACCUUUACACUGCCAUUAUAGACCGUCAUAUAGACUAUAAAAGGAAAACUAGCCAUCUAAGUAAAGAAAUUCUAAACGUGUUGUCACUCUCUGGUGUGUACAAGGUCUUUUUAUUCAAGGGGACAUCUGCACUGCACCGCGUCUUUUAAUAACUUUUAAAUAGCAGGUACACAACUGUCACAAAGCUGGAAAUGCCACGAAAAAAAUCUUUAUUUAUUGCUGUUGACAAUGAUACAUUAGUCUCCUCCUUCAGAGGCUCAGUUUGCGUGUCGGACUGGGAUGUGGAACAGGAAUGCACACAGAUGUUAAGGACAAGGAUAAAUGUAGAAGCACAAUGAAAAGCACAAAAACAAAGAGCAGACAGACAUGUAUGAUCUGUUGUGUCUGGCUGACCAGGCCGCACAGACAGCUGCACAGCGACUCCGGUCCUGUACUUUCAGAAAAGGUGCAUGAUAGGAUCAAUGAAACAAAAAGAAAUAAUGUAUUGUGCCAGCACGUAUAAUUAUUUGAUGUUAAUUGCCAAUUGUUGUCUCCUUUUAUUUUGAUUGAUUUCAUUUUUGUUUUCUAUUUUUCAAAUGUUUGUGAAUAUAUAAAUAUGCAUUACUGAUGAUGUGUAGUGGUACAAAGUACUAGCAUGAGAAUUUUUUUAUACACAAGAUGUUUCUAAUUUUUUGCGUUUUUUUAAUUCUGGUUGUUCUUAUUGGGGGUUGAGGUGACUGCGACUGCAGUCUCAUUGUGUUUCUGCUUCCAAUAAAAUAUGGGGAAAAAAGCUUAA